UAUGUGUUCUUCACAGGGGUGAUGGGACAGAAACAGGACAAGGAGCCAGGAAAAGAAGACGUCCUGACUGGUGCCGUUAGUGACUAUAAGAUCUUAAACCGAAGCGAGGUGGAAGCACAUUCAAACAGCUCAGAAGAAACAGACCAGAAUUUUGUUCACUUGGACACCUCCAUACUAGAGCCCCAUCAGGAACCAACAGGACCUAAUGACAACACCAAUGAGCCCUCUUUAAACCAUAGAGGAAAAAAGAUCAGACAGAGUUAUGAUACGGAUGUUUCUCAGAAUACCAGGACACUAAAUCCUCUACUAAGCCUGGCAAGAGGUCCAUGUGCAUCAGAAUUCAAAACAGCCACAGAUAUAUCUACUGCUGUGGACCAGCAACAACCUGACAAAACAGACAAAAUGACUAACAAAACUCACCUCAAGGAUACUCCAAACAUGUUAGAAGGCUCUUGUCAAGGGGACUCAACAGAUGAUGACGUGAACAUUGAGAAGCAUGAGACACAGCCGCUGUCUGACAGACAGAAUGGAAUGUUCGACACAAAGGCAAUGACAAAGAUGAGUGUUGAUGUUGAAAUAAAGAGGAAAUCUUCUUUGGAAUUAGAGAAUGCUAAUUUACUUGAAAGACAGUCAUUCCAGGAAUUAGGAGUUUCAGAGGACAAAUAUAAACAUGAAAUGCAGAUCCUAAGUAGUGACAAAAUUAGAAGAAGUUGUGAAAAAGUUUGCAAAGAAAGUGCUGGAACUGUUCGACAUGAAGAAAGUCCUGAUGCGGAUAGAUUUGAGUAUUUGGACAGAGUUGAUUCUUUGUUUCCAGAGACUGGAACUACAUGUCCGGCAAUCACUGGAGUCCAUUCAAAUUCAAGUCGUCCAUGGCUUCAGAAUGCCAGUAAGAAGGAUAAUUUACAGGGAGAUAAAAAUAUCAAUAGAGGUUUGUCACAUUGUGUUUUCCAAGAACCUAAUGAUGCCCCACAGACACCUAAAGAAAACUUCAGAAACGACCAAAGAAACCCAACUUUGCCAUUGCUGGAAAAAGAAGAGACCGGAUGGGGUAAAACAGAAGAUUUUGAUGCCGGUGACACCGAAAGAGUCACACAGGUGGCUUCUUUGCAGCGGGAAAAAGAGCCUCUCUAUUUCACAGCUGUGAUCACACCACCACUUCAGAUUCAUACAUUUCCUGAUCAGGAGGCGAGGAAGUCAUCUGAUGUCUCUCAUUUGUACGUUCCUCACACUGAAAUACAGAGCAUGAUCUCUGACAUCCUACCCGCAGAUGCUCAGACAGAGAAAAAGGCCCAAAUCAAAGGACCACCACCACCUGUUCUGAAGAAACCAAAGAAUCCCUUUAAAAAAGCUGCUGGCCGCAAGGAAUCUGCUUCUCAUUCCACAGACGAGCCAAGCAAAUAUUCAGAUCUAUUGCUUAGAAAUAUUAAAAUGGGCAGAAGGCAGGAGGCACUGGAGUCCGUUGAGGACUUUAAUAUGCAUCCAUCAUGUCUUGAUAUGUCACCUUAUUGUAUAGAGUCCCCAUUUCACAUGUGCAUGUCCUUAGAGCCUGAAGCUGCUGAUAUUCCAAGAUAUUUAACCCCAUAUGAUAAAAUUGUUGCACCUGACUGCGAUAACAUGAUAGGAACUCUCGAUGAUAAAGAACUAAAAGAAAUGGAUAUGUCUCAGCUUAGACCACUGCUAAAAAAAAAAGCAAAAACAAAGGGCCCACCACCACCUGUGCCGAAGAAGCCUCAAAAUCCAUUUGCUAAAACAGACACAGAGAAGAACCAAGCAAGCAAAGACUCUGAUUUACAAAAUGUUGAUCAGCCUUUGAAAUAUGGUAGAUGUGACUCUGAAAGCUACAUGAUGGACAUUGAGGAUGAAGAAGACCCUGAACCCACCGCAGUCCCAACUAGAUAUCCUUACACCGCCUGUCGAAUUCCAAGCAGUGAUUCUUCUGCUUCAGAAGAAAACGAACUGUCCAGAUACAGGCCCGUCUCUGAACUCAUCAGAGACAGCAACAAAAUCCACGAGAAAGUGAUACAUCACAGCAGGACAAACAUAAUGGAACCCAAGCCAGAUGUGACUGUGGGAAGCCAGAGUCUAAAAGUAUCGCAGAUGAAGAGAGCCUUUGAUGUACAAACAUCUUCCCAUAAAAUGGAAAGAAGAUCCUCGCUGAAGAAAGAAAUGAUCAGACGAGUGGUACGACAGAGUAAAUUCCGUCAUGUGUUCGGUCAGGCGGUGAAGAAUGACCAGUGCUAUGAUGACAUUAGGGUUUCGCGGGUUACCUGGGACAGUGCCUUUUGCGCAGUAAACCCCAAAUUUGUUUCUAUUAUUGUUGAGGCUAGUGGUGGUGGAGCUUUCCUCGUUUUGCCUCUGCAAAAGACAGGUCGUAUUGACAAGGCCUACCCCACUGUUUGUGGGCACACGGGCCCUGUGCUGGACAUUGACUGGUGCCCGCACAAUGAUCACGUCAUUGCCAGCGGCUCUGAAGAUUGUACAGUAAUGGUGUGGCAGAUCCCUGAGAACGGCCUCACUGCACCUCUUUCUGAGCCAGUCGUGGUGUUAGAGGGUCACUCCAAGAGGGUGGGCAUCGUGUCAUGGCAUCCAACAGCCCGUAAUGUUCUGCUAAGUGCAGGAUGUGAUAAUCUCAUCAUCAUUUGGAACGUGGGCACAGGAGAAGCUCUGAUCAACCUGGAGGACAUGCAUCCUGACGUGAUCUUCAGCGCCUGCUGGAGUCGCAACGGCAGUCUUAUUUGUACCGCGUGCAAGGAUAAGAAAGUGCGUGUUAUCGACCCACGCAAGGGGAAGAUCAUUGCGGAGAAGGAUAAGGCCCAUGAGGGGGCACGGCCCAUGAGAGCCAUAUUUCUGGCUGAUGGAAACAUCUUCACCACUGGCUUCAGUCGUAUGAGUGAGCGGCAGUUGGCUUUAUGGAAUCCAAAAAACAUGGAGGAGCCGAUAUCAGUGCACGAAAUGGACACCAGCAAUGGAGUGUUGCUUCCCUUCUAUGACCCUGACACUAACGUGGUCUACCUGUGUGGGAAGGGUGACAGCAGUAUCCGUUACUUCGAGAUCACAGACGAGGCACCGUAUGUGCACUACCUCAACACGUUUUCCAGCAAGGAGCCCCAGAGAGGCAUGGGCUACAUGCCUAAAAGAGGUCUAGACGUCAACAAGUGUGAGAUAGCCAGGUUUUAUAAACUUCAUGAGAGAAAGUGUGAGCCAAUUAUCAUGACCGUUCCUAGAAAGUCAGACCUCUUUCAGGACGACCUCUAUCCAGAUACAGCAGGUCCAGACCCAGCGCUCGAGGCCGAGGAGUGGUUUGAAGGCAAGAAUGGCGAACCAAUCCUGAUCUCGCUCAAGCACGGUUAUGUUCCGGGCAAGAACCGCGACCUCAAAGUAGUCAAGAAAAAUGUGCUGGAUAACAAGGCACCCAAGAAGGUGGAAGAGCCAGCAACUCCCCAGAAACCUGCCUCUCCUCAGCUAACCAGAAAGAAUGAAGUGAAGUUAGAGGAGCUGUUGCGAGAAGUCAAGUCCCUUAGAGAUCUGGUCACGCUGCAGGACAGGAGAAUCGCCAAACUGGAAGAGCAAGUGGCUAAAGUGGCAAUCUAAGACACUGGUGGUGGUCUGAGCCAUAGCGUCAGUAUGGAGAGAGAAAGAGAGAGAGAGAGAGAGAGAGAGAGAGAGAGAGAUUCAGUUGGGCAGGGGGGUCAGUCACUGCCAAAAUUUCUCAAUUUGACUUGAUCAUUCCGCUUGGUGUUUCUCACAAGGACAACCUCAAGCAACAUUCCAAGAUGGACUUUUACUUUUUGUAAAUACUCCCCCAAGCAUUCGCAUAGCAGAAGCAAAAUUGUGGAAAUAUGUGGUCAUUGGUUUUAACUGAUUUUGUUUUACAUUCUUAUUUCUUUUGUGAUUUUAACAUUGUUUCGUUUUUGAGUAUUCUGAUAUUAAGCGGCAUGUUACAGAGUGUCGUUGUAUAUACACAUCAAUAUUCCUCUUUCCUUUUUUUGUUGUGCUGCCAAAUUUGAGGUGAAUCAGUCACCUCUCUAUUUCUCUCACUUCUAUUUCUACUUUUAUAUGUUUUACCCAGUUUUAGAUAGUGGCUUCUUGAAAAACGACAUACUAUUCAAAGUGGGACAUCUACAGAAAAGAAAGUGUGCACUGUGUGGAUGGGAUUUUAAAUGUGAUUGUAAAGGCAUCUAAUCAUAGAUGAUAAGGAUAUGAUUUAGUGAAUCUAAGUCUAAAUGCUCAUAACCAUUCAAAUUCAGCAUUUAGAAUUCAUCAGGUUUCAUUUGGAAAGUCCAAAUAAUGUCCCUUGUGAUGAUUGUGAUCACUUGGAGUAUUAAGCGCAUAGUCAUUUCCUCCAUUGCAUGCUUUGGGAUCAUUAUAAUUGAUUAUAAAGCAUCCAACAACAGGGUUUUUUAACACAUUAUACAAUCAGUUACAAUAUAUCCAGAAGCAAUAACUUCAUGUUGCAGAAUGAAUGUGAACGUAAACCUAAACCUGUUAGACUUUGGCAAGUAUUGUUGAAAAUGCAUUCCUCGUGCAUUUUUUUCAUAAAUCAAAAACCUACCGCUUUAACCUGAUAGUAAUUUUAAAAUUACUGUUGCACCUCAGGAAAUCAAUCACUCUGAAGUCAGAAAUACUGGAUGCUCAACACUUGCCAUUUGCAUGGUGUUUUUGCCACAGAAAUAGUACCUUAUUUUGAUUAGGAAACGCCUAUUAUUUUAUUGAAUUUUUUUGCUGUCAUUAUCCAUGUUCCCCAGUUUUCCCCUGCUUUUGAAUUAUUCUCAUGUUACAGAAUACUGGGCUGACACAUGCUCUGAUAAGUUGAACUUGGCUUUAAGAGGCAGUGGCUACCUGCAAGCUCUUCUGAUGUACAUGUACUGUAAAUGUAUUGGUGCCUCUGUGUGUUUCUGGUUUUAGACAGACCUCCUCAGUUGACCACUGCUGGAGGACAACAUCCAUAAAAAUCUGAGCACUUAUCUGUGUUCUAAACAGUCUUGUGCAUGCAUUCCAAACUUCACCUAAAAUAAAAAAAAGUUGACUACAAUAAAUCUUUUCAUUCAUAA